AUGGCACCAACGCGAUCGAAGAAGCGCAAGUCGACUGAAUCAACAGCCAGUUCUGUAGACAUGCAAAGCUUCCCAGCCCCCCCAAGAAUGGUACCGACCAAAACACGCAGCCCUAUACGGACACCUCCAUCGAAUAGAAGCCCUAUCAAAAAGGCCAGAGCCGGAAUUACACUGGGCCAAAAGCAAGCCCUCAUCGAUAAUUUGCAACUCGAGAUCACGGAACGCGCCAGAAAACUCCGCGCGCAAUAUAUGCUUCAAGCUCAAGGUCUCCGGACACGUAUUGAAAUUCGAGUUAAUCGGAUUCCCACAGCACUCCGUAGAGCGAAAAUGGGAGAACUACUGCAGAAGCAUAGCGAGACCGCUGCCAAGAGCACAAACAGGAACCCUCAACGAGUAGUCAAGGCCAAUUCUCCUGCGAAGAAUAGAAUGGAGGAUCUUCGUGAGCAAUCUCGAGCGAGCCCUUCACCACGACGAGCACCAAAGCGGCUAAGCGACGAAAUUUCUUCGAUUGACAAGGAGAAUGAAGAUGUUGAGAAUCCGAAGAAACGGCUUCGACCCGGCCCUCCUUCUCAUGGCUCAUCGCGGGAGAAAUUACAACCCUCUCAAGUACUAUCACCGAGAUCUGCGAACUCGAGAACUCUACCUCGGUCGCCAAUUCGCCCAUCUGGGCCACCUUCGAAGUCAGUUCCGGCCCGCCCAGCGUCCCCACUCAAACCCUCAGCAACAGGGGGUCCAUCAAGCAUGCUCACCAAUAUGGUUGAAAAGGCAAAAUCGACGCGAGGGCCAGCUGCACGGAAAGCACCAACAACUAUAGCUGCAACCGCAGGAGCGGGACGAGGGAGAAGAGCACCAGCGGCACCAGCACCAGCACCAAGGGCUGCGAGAGGGAGAGGUAGUGCGAUCAGUGACUCAAGCGAUUCGAGUAAUGCCACCGUUGUGAGAAAGCCUAUGCCGCCUAGGAAGGAACCUGCGAAGAGAACGGUUAUGAGUACGCUGAAAGGUAUGGGAGGUGGUGGUACUAGGAAGGCGCCAGCAGCCAAGGCCGCAGCUCCUGCUACGGGCACCAGAGUUCUCAGGAAGAGAAAUUGA